UGGACAGUCAAUUGGCUAGGCACCACAUGGAUUUGCUUUGCGUCAAGACCCCACCACCACCACCAUCAAUCACAUCAUCCAAAUAAAAAUUAAUGCUCCGAAUAAUCGGAAUCCGUUAAAUGGAUCAAGAACCCCUCCUUCUUCGCCUCAGCUUCCUCCUUAAAACGCCGCAUCCAAAUCUGUUAUCUUCAUUCCUCCACUUCAUACUCUUCUUUCUUUUGCUUCGAUCAGCUUCCUGUUCGAAUAAGAAGAAGCGACGAAAGUUUCUGAGGCAGAAAAUUGCUGAAUUAGGAUGCAAGACAGAGACAUGAUUUGGGUGUGAUUGAGUAAUCCAGAAUUGAAGAAGCAGUGAGGGAGAGGCAGUGUGCUUGUGUUUGUGCGCACGAUGAUGGAUUCCAGGGCUCUGCGAUUCAUUAGGUACCAGUCCAUUUUCUCGAUAGUUCGAUCUGGGGACUUGGAUGAGCUGAAGCAACUCCUGGAGCAGCUUAAUAGCGAAGAUGCUUCGUCGUUUUCUAAUGUGAUGUCCCUUCAGAACGAUGCCGGAGAGACGGCGCUGUACAUCGCUGCGGAGCAUAAUCUAGGUGAAAUUUUCGGCUACCUGCUCAAGUACUGUGACUUGGAGAUUGUGAAGAUCAGGUCCAAAUCAGACAUGAACGCCUUCCAUGUUGCCGCGAAGCGUGGUCAUCUAGAUAUCGUGAAAGAGUUUUUGAACAAGUGGCCUGAAGUUUGUAAGUUGUGUGACUCCUCAAACACUAGUCCCCUAUAUGCAGCUGCUGUUCAAGACCAUUUGGAGGUGGUGAAUGCUAUCUUGGAUGCAGAUGUGAAUUCAAUGUGGAUUGUUAGGAAAAAUGGAAAAACUGCGUUGCACAAUGCCGGUAGGUAUGGGCUUCUUCGUAUUGCGAAAGCACUUAUUGACCGAGAUCGAGGGAUAGUCUGUGUCAAAGAUAAAAAGGGUCAAACUGCACUGCAUAUGGCUGUAAAAGGACAGAGUGCGGAAGUAGUAGAGGAGAUAUUGCAAGCUGAUUGCACUAUAUUGAAUGAACGGGAUAAGAAGGGAAAUACUGCUUUACACAUGGCUACAAGGAAGGGUCGUUCACAGAUUGUGAGUCUUCUUCUAAGUUACACUGCUAUGGAUGUCAAUGCCAUCAAUAACCAGCGGGAAACAGCAUUGGAUUUGGCAGAUAAAUUGCAGUAUGGGGAUUCAGCUUUGGAAAUCAAGGAAGCCCUUGCAGAAUAUGGUGCCAAAUACGCCAGGCACGUUGGCAGAGUUGAUGAAACUAUGGAACUUAAAAGAACCGUGAGUGAUAUAAAGCAUGAAGUGCAGUCACAACUUGAGGCAAACUUAAAAACUCGCAGGCGAGUUUCUGGUAUUGCUAAAGAAUUGAAAAAGCUUCACAGAGAAGCAGUUCAAAAUACAAUUAACUCUGUCACAGUUGUUGCUGUCCUUUUUGCAUCAGUAGCAUUCUUAGCUAUAUUCAAUUUGCCUGGCCAAUAUAUCACGGAAGGACAUGAGAUUGGGAAGGCUAAUAUAGCUGACGAUGUUGCUUUCCAAGCCUUCUGUCUUCUAAACUCUACAUCGCUUUUCAUCUCUCUCUCAGUGGUGGUUGUUCAAAUCACUUUGGUAGCCUGGGACACAAGGGCUCAGAAGCAGGUUGUGUCAGUGGUGAACAAGCUAAUGUGGGCUGCUGGCGCUUGCACUUGUGGGGCUUUCCUGGCUUUGGCAUUUGUUGUUGUUGGAAGAAAGCAAACAUGGAUGGCUAUUACCAUAACUGUUUUGGGUGUACCUACAAUAGUUGGAACUCUAGCAUGUCUGUGCUACUUUGUUUUCCAGCAACAUUUUGGCAUUUUUCGCAGCGAUUCCCAGAGACGCAUCAAGAGAGCAAGUGGGAGCAAAUCUUUCUCUUGGUCCUACUCUGCAAAUAUAUCUGAAUUGGAUGAUUAUGAUUCUGACAUUGAGAAAAUCUAUGCUCUGUAAAGUCUGAACAACACUGGCACCACCCUGUUGAACUGGCACUCAUAUCCUGAACUUCCACCAUGUUGAUUUUAAGGGGAAUUUGGUUGAUGAUCCAUCAGGACCCUGCUGUUAAACCUGUAGUACAAUUUUUGGGUCGUACGAGGCAAUUUGGGUGGAUUUGCUAUAACUAAAUAUAUAGCGAGAUCUUUGGUUUAGAUUUUAUGUAUAUGAAAAUAAUACCAAGGCAGAGUCUAUAUUGUAUCCCUAA